AUGCAUCUAAGACAUGGUGAACAAGUAAAUUUAAAUUUAUUGGCAUCGAGUGAAUAUCCCUCACAUGUGGUAGAAUUGAUUGUAUUACAUCGACCGGCAAGCUCCACAUUUGACAAUAAUACAGGUCUAUUUAAAUGGACAGCAAUUAAUGGUGAAUAUUAUGUGAGUGUUCGUGCUCAACUUAAAGGUUCUGACUUCAUAUCAAAACAUGACAUCGAUUUUUAUGUGAAAGCAAGCGACGCAACUAAUACUACUUCUACUAGCUGCCGUUCUACAACAACUAUGACUCGCUAUAGUAGUAGCAAUUAUCUUGUUCAACAAGCUAUGAUUAUUAUUUCAAUAUUUGGACUAACUCUUCUCCUUGGUCAAUAA